CAGAUGGAUCUCCUUAUCUUCUAAAAUACAGUAUCUCAUCUCUGUCAAUGAUACCAGAAAAUCAAACUGACUGCUAUGCCCUUCAGAGAGAUCCCACUGGCCCAGACUAUUUCUUCACAGGAUUUUUCUGCUAUGUACAGCUACCAUAUAUUUGUGAAUAUGAAUUACCUCGGGUACCAGAAAACUUCAUGUUUGAUGUCCGUGAUGUCAAGACAACUGAAGCUGUAUUUGUGUGGAGCAGCAUGGAUAUGUGGCUUAAGUCAGGCUUUGCACUUAUACUUAAGUACUAUUUUGAUGGGUGGAAACCAUACAUUCUGAACUUGCCUGUGAAUACAACUCAAACAAAAAUUGGGCAGCUGUCUUCAGGCCUUCGCUAUGGUUUCUUAUUAGCAGCAAGGAACCCAGAAGGAGCACAGACUAGCUUAAGUCCAAUUCUGAAGGUAGAAACAAGGCCCUUGCACUCCGAGAAGUUAGAGGCUACAUAUGUCUCAUCUGCAGAAAUACAUUUAAAAUGGAACCCUCCACAGCAUUCAUCCAGUGUUUCUUUUCAUUCCUACCUGCUCAACAUAUUGGAUACUGAAACCAACAUCUGGGAACAGUUACCAGUUGAAAAAAGCAAGACUUCAAUAGUCCUAGGAAAUGUAAAACCUUAUCAUCAGUAUCAGUUAUAUUUACAGAAUGUAGCAGAGAAGGGAACUCUAAGCUGCCAUGAGAAGCCUAUAAUAAUCACAACAGCUGUCAGUCCACCUACAGCUGUUUAUAUUCACCCUGAGGAUGUAGAAGAAGAGAGCGUAAUCCUUCACUGGAAGCUGCCACAAGAGUGUCAGGAAUCCUACAUUCAAGUGAAACCUAAUGCAGACACUGGUGAAACUAAAAAGUUUUUAUUAAGUAAUAAAGAGGAAUUAAAGCUUGAUGACCUAACUCCUGGAAUGGCUUAUGAAAUAGCAGUGGCAAGUGUGAAAAAUGGAACUAUGAGCGAGCUGAAGACCAUUCGAUGCACUUUAAAGCCCAAGCCUGUCCAAAUUGUAGUUCCUUAUGUGCUCUAUAGCAAUGCUGUGGUACUAUUUGUUCGUGUGCCCGAUAUCGGAGUAUUUGACGGCAUAUAUGUUACAAGUAAAGAAGGACCUAAUGCAACAUUCAUUUUAAAAAGUGAUGGUAAAAUAACAAUUGAAAACCUUACUGCAGGAAGAGAAUAUGAUUUCUGUGUCUCCACAAAAAGUGGGAAAAUGUUGAGCUCCUUUUACCAUAUAGCUGGUGUAAAAACAUGUCUGGCAGCUCCCCUGAAGGUACGAGAGGGCGACGUGACUGACACUUCCAUACAGCUCUCUUGGGACCACGCCGAUGGAGAUUUUGAGCAGUACGAGGUUACCUGCACUAAUUGUGAAAGUGCUUUCAAGGUCCAGAAGGUCAAGCAAGAAACAGCAACAUUUUCCAACCUUAGUCCUGGUAAGCUGUACAGUUUUGCAAUUAGAACAGAGAAGGAAGGUUUCAGAGACAGUAUUUUUGUGACAAAAGAAAUAGAGACAGUACCAAGUGCAGUCAAAUAUCUGAAUGGUAGCAGAGACUCUGAAUCAAUAACUGUUACCUGGCCACCAGCACAAAGUAUGUUUGAUGGAUAUGUUCUUUCAAUAAACAGUAAGGUCUUCAGUGAGAAGAAAAUGUUACCUGCUGUUGUGAGAAUGCACAAAUUUGAGCAUCUUCUGCCAGGCACUGAUUUCUUAAUCAAUAUUGUGACAACCAAUGGAUUAAAAAGAAGUCGCCCUACUGUCCUCAAGAUUAGCACCUAUCCUGAUCCACCAUCAGAUUUACAAGUGUUUGGACAAGAAGAGAAUACAGUCUAUUUUUCUUGGAAACUACCGAGAGGAGGAUUUGAUAUGUUUCAGCUUUCAUAUUGUCAGAUGAAUAAUGAAAAGAUGCUUACGAGAACUAUUUAUGACAGCAGAGCUGUAGUGAAAAAUCUCACUCCUGGGACAGAAUACAUUUUUCAGUUGUAA